AUGGCAGACGUUUCUUUGGAUGAAGUGAUACGACAGCGCGGCAUUAACACCAAAGUGGCCGUUAAAAGACCUCUGUUUAGCAGGGGCGCAGGGGGGGCUGGCAGAGGCUUUGAUGCUCGGCAGAAGAUAGGAGCCAACGAUGUCAGACAGAGACUUGGAGGAGGAGCAGCUGGUUUUCAAGUGAAAGAUGCCAGAGAGAAGCUUGGGCAGAAAGAUGCUCGCUUCAAAAUUCGUGGCAGAGGAGGAGCCACAGCAGGAGGAGUGAUGCAUGAUGCAAGGCAAAUGAUCAACUCGCGCAAACAGGGGCAGAAUCAAUUUAGUGUCCCUUCACAGACCAUCCAGCAAAAAGCAGUUGCACACCUACAGAGCCAGACACACGUGCCGCACAUACAGAUACACACGAGCAACAGUCCUGCCAUUAUGAACAGUAGAGCGUUUACUCCAAAUAUAGUGGGACUCAGUGUAAGAGGAGGGGUCACGCCGCAGCUGGGCAGUGCCCAAAAGAGGAUGAUCGAUGCUCGUGAUAGAUUGAGUCUGAAGAGGAGCAUUGGAGGAACGCAGACUGGGACGGCUGCUGCAGUGCCCUUUAAGAUAACCAAGACGAUCCAGCAAAGGCCAGCAGGAAUGUCAAGUGGGAUACGUGUCGGCACACAGUCUGUCUCAGAUGAGCGUGAUGGCCCCCCUAGUAAAAAAAUGAAGAUCACCACCAGUAAUAACGUGCUACAGUCAAGGCCUGGUUCCAUGGGCUCCCCAUUCUCCAUGUCGGCUCCUAUCACCAAGGUUGUUAAAAAUGAUGCAUACACAGCCCCUGGUGCCCCUGUCCCUGUAGCCCCCACCAGGCCAAACCCCAGUGCUGCAGCCUUCCGAGCCUCUGCUGCAGCCUUACAGCCAGUGUCCAGGACUCUCCAACAGACCACAGCAGAAGUCAGUGCACCACCACCCACUCCACCUCAGCCUGCUUUCAGUCCUUUAGAAGGGACAAAGAUAACUGUGAACAACCUGCAUCCCCGUGUCACAGAGGAAGACAUAGUGGAGCUAUUCUGUGUGUGCGGUGCCUUGAAGCGAGCACGGCUAGUGAAGGUUGGGGUGGCUGAGGUGGUGUUUGUCCGCAAAGAGGAUGCUGUGAGCGCGUACAGGAAAUACAACAACCGCUGCCUGGAUGGCCAACCCAUGAAGUGUAACCUUCACAUUCAAGGAAAUGUCAUCACGUCAGAUCAGCCUAUUCUCUUGAGGCUCAGUGAUACUCCAGGUUCUGGCACUGGUGUAAAGAAAGACGGUCUGCCAGCCUCCUUGUCUCGCCCUGGCAGCCAGAGAGCCUCUUCUCAGCCCACCCCAGAGGUGGACCCCCAGACCAUCCUCAAAGCUCUGUUCAAGUCCACCUCGACCACUGAGCCUUCCAGCUCACAGGCUACUGCCUUUCGCAUCAAGAUAUAGCUAGUCUCGUGUAAACACACAAGAACACAACACAAACGCAUAAUAAACCCCAAUAUUUUGGUUCGCAGCUUUCAUAACGGAAGGGCCGUGUUCUGUAAUGCGAGACACAGAUUUGUACCUGUGACACACUACACGAUUACGUUGAACUUCAUAUUGAUAUUCACCAUCCUUUUCUUUCCUCUUCCAACUGAGUGUAUUCGUUUUUGUGACAUCCAAAUGUCAUCCAUGUCUCUCAAGAUGGACCAUUGAAAAGCAGUCUCGUGUGUUAAUUUGUUGUUUUAGUUACGUAGGAGAGGGGUAAACUGGACAUGGGAAUGGACUUUAUCACCCCGUUUACACUUGGUUUUAAAAUGCGUCCCAUCCCCCCCCAUCGAAUCACAAGUGGACAGCGCUAAAUACAAGUGUAAACGACCACCAAAACGUUUUGUGAACCGGUUACUCAAACCUCUUGCCGAGGUGGUCUGGGACGCAUUUGACAACAUAUCUUUUGUAGUGUAAAUGCUAAUGCCUCCCCGACAAGGACCUAACAGGAAAAUGCGUCAUCAGUGCAGGGUUUGGUGGUGGUUUUGGUAAGAGCGUGCCAACUUUCGAAAAAAAUGGAGAGAGAGGAGAGUGUAGGUGGUUGGGAGUACAAGUGAAACGAGAUGCCUCAUCUCCAUUUGGGCAGAAGAAUCGGUCCUGUCAGUCUCAACAGUUGGAAUAGUCCGUACAUGUAUAUUAGUGCUUGAAACCUCUUCAAACGUUAGCUAUUGUUUUCACAGCUAGUCAGCAAAUCUGGCGCUUGACCGAGGCUUCCGCUACAAGAAGCGAAAUCUUCUUCUUCAGAGUAAGGAAAUCUGAUCACAAGUGGUCAGCAGGACGCAUUUGGAGACGUUUACACACAGGUGUAAACGGCAACGUGUCUCGCUGUCCACUUGUGAUCCGAUCGCCCAAAACGCAUUUCAAAACCAAGCGUAAACGGGGUGUGUUUUCAGAAAGCUUCACAUUUACUGGUUGUUUGGUUCUCAUUGAAAGCCAUCCUGUUUUUCACACAUUCAAGCUUACUUUGAAUUGAGGAUUAUACCCAUCUCCCCUGUAAAUGGGGACUUUUUUUUUGUGUGGCAUUUUUCUGCCCUUACAAGAUAGUAAUAGGCGAGAGGGACAGGAAAUGUGGGGGGGGGGGGUGACAUGCAGCAAGGGGCCCGGGCUGGAUUCAAGCCCAGGCCGCUGCGGUAAGGACUCAGCCUAUGUGGUAUGUGCUUUACCAGGUGAGCCACUGGGGUGCCCCUGUAAAUGGGGGCUCGUUAACAACAAAACUGAUAUUCAUACGCUGAUUAUCAUGCAAAAUAUGCAAUAGCCAGUGGUCUGUUCGUAAUAAUUAUUUCAGUAAACUGAUUUCUACAGAUAAAUUCCACAGAACUUUGUACUGAUCCACCUCUGGGUGAGUUUCAUUAGCCUCAUCAGCGUACGAGUGUGUGUGAAUGGGUGAAUGGGAAGAGGUGUACAUUGUAAAAAAGCGUUUUGAGUGGUCGGUAGACUAGAAAAGCGCUAUAUAAAACGCAGUCCAUUUACCAUUGUUUUUCUUAGUUAUCCAUUUUGAAUUGGUUAAAUGGGAGCUGUUCAAGUUUCAACUCAUUUGAUUUUUGUUCCUGAACUUUAAAUGUCUAUUUCUCUUGUAUGCCAGUCAAGAAGAAAACUGUAGUGUGACAAGUCUCUGAAUUUCUGCCAGUAAAUAUUUUGCUUUGUACACUUUGACUAUCUUUUCAAUUUGCCACAUGAUUCAUUAAUGUUGCACCGCAACAAUCACAUCUUUUUAUGCAUGCUCAAUAAUCCAGGUAAAAUUACAGAAAAUUGAAUCAGUUCAUCUGGACACAAUGUUUAUUGAGAGAAGCGUUUCAUUACUCAGUGACCUCUUCAGUCGCAACUGACUGCAGGCAUCCCCACCCUUAUAAACGAUACAGUGGUGUAACGACCAAAAACAAAGUAUUGGCUGUUACUGUGUUUGUACUGGUGUACUUGUGUAACGAGAAAGAUGGCUACUGAAGAAGGAGGGAUCAUUGAAAAUGUCAUGUUCCCAAAUUAUUUGAUAUCACUUGUCCUUGUGUACUUUAUACCUAUGGGAUCAUGGUCUGGUUAAUGAAAAUACUGAAAUAAUUUUCAUAUCAUGUUCACAUAUUACUUAAUAUCACAUAUUACUACUGUUUUCUAGAGUAAAUAGACAGAUUGCAUUUUUUU